GAGAGAUAGUGAGUUUAGUCUGUUGCCUGAGGGUAUAAAAAUCACACAUAGCUUGCUGGUUGGAGGGAACAAAGCGAGGAGUUUUGGUUUGUUUUCUGGGUGUUUUUCUCUGUGGUUAGAUAUUACAGGAGAAAUGAAGAUAUGCAAAACUAUGCUUCCUUGUAUUCUAUUACUGUCCGUUAUGAUGGCAGUGGCAGAGAACAUCACGGAGACGACCGUCCCAGACACGACGGGGGAGACGACAGUGGCGCCCGUCAUGGAGACGACCGUCCCAGACACAACGGGGGAGACGACGGUGGCGCCCGUCACGGAGGCGACCGUCCCAGACACGACGGGGGAGACGACGGUGACCAUAGUGCAUAAGGACAACAAUGUAGUCAAGCUGCCUUUGGGGCCAGAGAAAGAACAGCAAUCAUCUGGACUAGAGAAAGAACAGCAAUUAUCUGGACUAGGAGAUGUGAUGGCAGUGGCAGAGAACAUCACUGAGGCGACCGUCCCAGACACGACGGGGAAGACGACGGUGGCGCCCGUCACGGAGACGACCGUCCCAGACACGACGGGGGAGACGACGGUGGCGCCCGUCACGGAGGCGACCGUCCCAGACACGACGGGGGAGACGACGGUGACCAUAGUGCAUAAGGACAACAAUGUAGUCAAGCUGCCUUUGGGGCCAGAGAAAGAACAGCAAUCAUCUGGACUAGAGAAAGAACAGCAAUUAUCUGGACUAGAGAAAGAACAGCAAUUAUCUGGACUAGAGAAAGAACAGCAAUUAUCUGGACUAGAGAAAGAACAGCAAUUAUCUGGACUAGAGAAAGAACAGCAAUUAUCUGGACUAGAGAAAGAACAGCAAUUAUCUGGACUAGAGAAAGAACAGCAAUUAUCUGGACUAGAGAAAGAACAGCAAUUAUCUGGACUAGAGAAAGAACAGCAAUUAUCUGGACUAGGAGAUGUGAUGGCAGUGGCAGAGAACAUCACUGAGGCGACCGUCCCAGACACGACGGGGAAGACGACGGUGGCGCCCGUCACGGAGACGACCGUCCCAGACACGACGGGGGAGACGACGGUGGCGCCCGUCACGGAGGCGACCGUCCCAGACACGACGGGGGAGACGACGGUGACCAUAGUGCAUAAGGACAACAAUGUAGUCAAGCUGCCAUUGGGGCCAGAGAAAGAACAGCAAUCAUCUGGACUAGAGAAAGAACAGCAAUUAUCUGGACUAGAAAAAGAACAGCAAUUAUCUGGACUAGAGAAAGAACAGCAAUUAUCUGAACUAGAGAAAGAACAGCAAUUAUCUGAACUAGAGAAAGAACAGCAAUUAUCUGAACUAGAGAAAGAACAGCAAUUAUCUGGACUAGUGAUAGGACUCAGCAUUUUCUUUGGGAUCCUCUUUAUUUGUGGUGUCAUUAUUUGUUGCUUUAUAUGGAAAAAGUCAAGAAAAAGCUCAUUUGACUUGAACUCAGUAGAAGUAACUAUUCCCCUAAAUCCCAUUGAAACAAAAGAACCAAGCUAAGGUGUGCAGAAGAAAUGAAAGCACUCUCACUUAAUAGCCAUUCAAGAAAAUCUCACAAAAAGAACUAAUAUGGCUGAAUAUUCAGAGAGAUUAAAAUGGAUUGGAAAAAUUCAAAGAAAUCUACUUAAUCACAGAAAAUGGCACUCUCAGUAGUGUAAACUUCUUUUUAAAUGGCACAUUUUGGUGUGUUCCUGAAUCUAGUCACAGUAAUAAGCAGAUGUUCAUUGGUGCUGGCUGCUACAAAUCUUUAUUCAUUGCCUGUUCCUUUUUGGUUGUGGAAAAAAGCUCACCUUACUUUAAUAUAGUUCUCUAAGGGCCAAAUUCCAUCAUUUAGGUACAAAUCUGCACCAGCAUACGAGGAACUGGGGGAGGCAUAAUCCCUCUCCCAGUUCUCUAGCAUGCAGAAGAAGCAUGCCAUGGCUCUUCUCUUCCUGCCCCUGCCUGCUUCCUUUAGGGGAUUCGUGGCCCUGAGGGUGCACAGCAGGAGGGAGACAUAGAGGGGGGCAGUCCUUGUGCUUCCCUGAGUAUAGGAACUGGGGUCUUUCUGGGCCCUUAUGUGGAGCCCCUAAGGAGUGCGGAGAAAACUCCUUAUGCCCCCUGCUCCCACCGAUUCAUCUGCCCAAAAGCCUCUGACAAUCUAGUCCCUAAUUAUUUGUACAUAGCUUGUUUUUUAAUAAAUGACCAAAGUAAAAGUGAAUCUCAGCACAAUGUAUUGCUAUUCAAUGCAAAAAUGAUGCUGAUAUACUGCUAAGAUUGAAAUGUUAUGCUCACUAAAAUCAGAAAAUGUAAAGUUAAGGGACCAGAGCCUCAGCUGGUGCAAACUGACAUAGCUUCCUGGGCUUCAUUGGAGCCAUACUGAUUGACACCAGCUGAAGAUCUGGCCCCAGGUUUCCAGAGACACUUUUGCACAAUAGGGAUUUUUAUCAUCUAAUCAUAACAUUUAUAUAUGCAAUAACACAAAACGUUAUAUUUGUUCAUCGAGUGUUAUAAAAUAAUGUGUAGUUUUAACAUGGAAGCCUACGAUCCUGUAUACCACGUUUACAGUUUUACAAACACAAUGUAAGAAAACAAUGCAGCUUAUUUCCGUGGUAUGAAGUUAUUUGCUAACUAGUGUUAUUUCAAUCAGGGUUGUAUGAUCCUAGACGGAAAAACCCUUUUGUAAUAUAUAGGCCUGUCUGCUUUUUCUCUCACACCGGUAUAAAUCAAGAAUUUCUUCACCGGAGCUAAUGAAGAUACACCUGUGCAAAAACUAGUAUAAAUGCAUAAUCAGACCCCUAAAUGUGCAAGCUUUAAAUUGGAGACUCUUUAGAGUAGAAAUUGUGGUUUUCUUUUAUCUCAUUCAGCCCCUGUGCUUAACAAUAACUAUAAUCAAUAAAAAGGUGACAGUUAAGGUUGGGAAUCUUGCACUUCCUGAAUUUCAUAGUACAAUCUAAGGACCCUGUUCCACUACUCUACUCUGAGUGGGUAGCACUUAUUUACUUACUGAUGUCAAUGGAACAACUCAUGUGAGUAAGUACUAUGCAAUGUGAGUGCAGAAUCCAGCACUUAGUAGUCACAUACUUUAGUCUCAGUAUACUAUGUAAAGUUGGCAUAUUAAUAAAGUGGCAAGGUGAGGCAGCAUGACCCAGUGGGUAUGGUACUAACCCAGCAUUUGGGAGACCUGGAUUCAAUUCCCUGUUCUACCACAGACUUCCUGUGUGGCCUAUAGUUAAGCUAUAGUUUAAUCUCUGUAGGCCUCAGUUCCCGGUAUGUAAAACAGGAGUAAUAGCAAUUCCUUACCUUACAAGGAUGUUGUGAGGAUAAAUACAUUAAAGAUUGAGGUGCUCAGGUAACACGUGCUUUUGCAAGUACCUUAUCCGGAAAAUCUAAUCAUAGGUUUUGGCCUGUUUCCAAAUCUGCUCAGGCAUGAUAUCUUCCUUCUUAAUAAUAAUACGGAAUUGAGUUAUAUUAGCCUUCAACCAGUAAUCAACAUUCUAUGAGGAUGCAAAAUCUUAAGCAUAGAAGUUCCUUGCAUGAGGUGAAGAGAAGAUGAAAGCUAGUUCAGCACCAUUAAGGGAAAAGGGAAUUUGCCAUUGACUUCAGUGGAUCCGGAUAAGACUGAUCACACAGAAAGGUAAUUGAAAAUGCUGGCCACUUUUUUUCCCAUGUGCUUAACAAAUGAGAGCUAAAAUCUUCCUUUUGUGUAAACAUGAUCUGAGUUAAGGAUGAGCUCAUUACAAGAAUUCUGUUUCAUUCCAGUCUUGCUAAAAACUGCAAUUAUAAUUAUAUUUUCAUUUCCACAAAAAGAAUAAUAAACUCUGAAUUUUGGAAGAGCAAUCUAUAAUUAUGUUUUGCUUGAUAUAGACAUAGUCUGCAGAUUUCAGGAUAUUUUGUUAAAGAAAUGUCAUAGUUAAUUUGGAUUAAUUGAAAGUUAAGCAUAUGCUUAAAUGCUUUACUACAUUUUAUUGCCCUGUAUGGUUCUAUAGUGCUGGUUGAAUGUUGCAGAAGCAGGCUCAAAGAUAUUUGUUCAUGCGCCAGCAGUUCAGGUCAGCCAUAUUUAUGUCCUUUUUUUAUUUGCUGUUCAUUAAUACUUGUGUGAGUGGUAUUUUCCUUUUGCAAAUGUUUGUGGAAUGGCUGUAUUUGUGUGAACAAUAUUAUUUGUGUUCUAACAGGAGUAUUUGUUAUUCAGUA